AAAAGCCCACUUGGCAACUCGGCGCCGCGCAGAACGUCGACGCCAAGACCUCGUUUCUUUCCCUCCAAUUAUGGCCUAAUAUUUCCACCUCCGAAGUCGUUCACACACAUAGCAACCCAUGUUCCAGACACCGUGAGCAUACACGCCUCGAGAAGACACGUAAACCCCAGGGGAGAAGGGCCGAAAUAGACCUGUUUGAGUGUCCCCCCCCCCUUCCCUCCCUGAGUGAGGCAACCCCGAAGAGGCGAAAGGAUCGACGUCGAGGUGCGAGUCGACAGUGUGUAAGGGCGACCAAGGGGGUGUAGUAAGGGUGACCGAGGGUGAGGGAUGUGAGCCACCAUGAUUUCCCACGUGCUGGUUGUGGUCGGGACGCUCCUGGCCACAGGAAACACCCUCAACACAGUGCUCAAUGUGGAAGAAAUUACGUCCAUCCAUUACGCUGUGGAUAUCAUUGAACAGCCGGUGUCCAGAGAACAGCACCUGGAAGGCGAAGUGAUAAGUGUUGUAAAUAAACAUGGGCAAGAAUUUGUAUGCUCUUUACCCAGCGUCACACCCACAGAUGCAGACAACAAGAGCGAUGAGAAUAUACUUGAUCAGCUAGUAGAUAUUUCUGGUCUCUUGAAGCCUAUGGAGACAGCACCAUGCUUGAUCAAGACAGUAGAUUGGUGGACUUACGAAUUCUGUUAUGGUUCUGUGAUCAAACAGUACCACCUUGAAGAUAACAAGGCUUCAGGACCAAUUCUUAUACUUGGGAAAUAUGAGUCCGAAUACAACUGGAAAAAUAGCUCAGAGACAAAGAAUCGAUUGCAGAGAUUCCAUAGUCAGUUUUAUGUAAAUGGCACCAAGUGCGACCUCACUGGAGAACCUCGAAGAACAGAAGUUAGAUUCCACUGUGAAGAUGGUGUUGGUGACUACAUACAGAGAGUAGAUGAACCAGAGUCCUGUCGUUAUGUAGUCACCGUUGCAACUACAAGGGUCUGCCAUCACCCAUACCUGAGACUACAAGCUGUGCGGACUCCCCAUGCAAUAACUUGUGCCCCCGUCAUUUCUGAGGAGCAGUACCUCAGAUAUGUAGAUUAUCAAGAAAGAAAAACAAAGGAAGAGGAGAGCUUGAAAGAGAAAUGGUUGAAGCAAAAUGAAGAGCUAACCCAUGAAUCCGAAAUGGGUGAGAGCCAGUCCAUGCUUGAGCCUGUGUCAUCAGACUCCGCAGAUGACGAUGAGCUGAAGAUGAGUAUCAAGAUUUUCCGCCUGUAUCCUGUCAAGAAACAGAAGAAUGCACAGGCUUCUGAAGCCAAGGAGGAUGUUAUGGGGGUAGAGACACAGAUUACGCUUGAGGAAAAUGACUUAGAAAUGAAGGUGGAAGACAUCAACCUGUCAACAGAAACAGAGGCUUCAGGGAAAGGACCAAUAAGCGGCGAAUAUGGGACAGACAUUGACAAAAAUACAGACAUCCCCGAAAGCACAGGCGAGGGAGAGACUAAUGAUUUUUUUUCUGGAGAAGACAAGCUACACAUUAUACAGUAUUCAGAUUCAGAUGUUGAAAAUCCGACUGAGGAUGUAGAUGAGGAUGAGGAUGAUGUUGAUGAUGAAGAUGACAUUGAUGAUGAUAUUGACAGGAAGGAAAAGGUCCUGACACAGGCAUCCAAGUCCACCAAUCGCGAUCAUUUCUCAAAGCUUUUGCGCAGGUUGAAGCAACUAGGAAAUAUGUUCAUGAAUCAGGAGGGCGAGGAAAAUGCAAAAGCAGGUAAUCAAGACCGAAUAUCGGAGCUGCAGCAUGUAGUUGACAGCAUAAAAGAUGGUCAUAUUAAGCAGUUCGAGCAAGAAGUUAAAGAAUGGACUAAGAACCUAUUGAAUAAGGACACACUUGAUAUGGAUGAAGAUGACCUUGAGGAAGAGGAGCAGCGUCUGGGAACGUCUUUGUCCUCACUGAUGGAUGCUUUAGACAAGGCAGAGAACAAGUUGUCAAUUGCAAAGAAGGAAAUGGAGACCUUGGAGGAAUUCCUGGACAGUCAGCUGAAGGAGAUGGAACACACAGCUACUCAUAACAAGGAAUCAGAGGAGGCAGGCACACAGGACAAGCUUGAAUGGGAAUACCAGGACCCCACAGAAGGGAUGUCCCAGACCCCAGAGAACCUGCAGUCCGAUGUAGAAGAUCCAACUAAGAGUAAAAGUAUAAUGAAGAAUGCUGAUAAAAAGUUGGGAAGUACUCGACAGUUAAAUAUUUUGAAAAACAAGGUUGACGAUGAAUCCCAAAAGUCGAAAUUGGAGCAGACAAUUAAGGAUCGACUACAGAAAUUAGGCCUAGAGAGACUAGGUAGGAAGGUUGAGGUCAAGAUUUUAACACCAAAUUCUUUGGAAGAGGAAGACUCGAAUAACCUACUCCUGUCACAAGAAGAGACAGAGGCGUUUCAAAAUAUGAUUGUCAAUCUAUUGAGUGCAAAUGCGGAAGAGCUAGAAGAAAGAGAACACCACAGAAAGUUAGAGAAGAACUACGGCUUCAAAUUCAAUGACAAUAAGGAGGCUGAGGAAGAUGAGUGAAUGUGAAUCUCUUGGGAAAUUGUACUGGUUUGAUUUUAUUUAUUGUAAGCUUCAUUUUGGGAUCUCUUCAGCUUCUGAUGUCAUGAUCAUGUUAAUCUUUUCACCCUUUUUAUCAUUGUACAAGGCAUCCAUAUUAGCAUUUAGAUUAUUUUGAUUUUCUUUUUGUACAACUGUAUGUUGUUGAAUUUUCAUGUUAAUCUGAUUAAAGUCAUUAAAACAAAUUAUAUAGUUAAAUAUAAAGGCUGUAGCAUUUUACAUCAUCAGUCAGUCUAAAUCACAACAGUAUUUACAAAAAUGAGAAAGGAAAUUUCUGAUUUAAUACAGGAGAAAGAAAUAUGUAUGAAUAAUUUAGAAAACUAUACCAUCUUGCUAUAUCUUGCUUUAUAUUAUUUAGGAAUUUUGUGUUUGUGAAAAUGCAUCUUCAUUAAGCAAAAUCUCUGAAGUAUUUGCUAAGGAUAUUUUUUAUUUUCCAGCCUUAUAUGAAACUUAUAGAUAGCUCAAUAUAUAUUUAUAUGUAGAUGUUUAAACACACAGACACACACACAUACAGAUAUAAAGACUGAACAGAUGAGCAAUUACAAGCAGACAAAAAAUACACAUACACACCACACACAGUUUUGUCAUUGCAUUUUGAUGUUUCCCAUUGCAAAUUACUGCACCACUUACAGAUUAUAUAGAUAUGGAAAAAGCAUGUUACCUCAGUCAGAUCAUUCUAAAGUAUAACAUUUUAUACCAGAUCUAUUACAAGUACUAAAAGGAUGAUUUACAGUCCAUUGUGUAAGUUCUCAUUUAUAUUCUAAUACUAAAUACAGGUAUUAUCACUGGGACUGUUAAUCCCGAGAUAUCCAUAUGUAUCAUAGCCUUUCCUGUUGUUUUCUGGAAUGAUUUUUCUAGUCAGUGUCUAUCCAAGUAUUAGUUCAUUAAAAGGAGUAUAUGUAUACCUGCAUUAUCAAGGAUUUAAAAGAAAUCAUGAAGUACUUCUAAGAGAUGUUGAUGUGUAAAUUGAAGCUCAACUUGCGAUCAUCCAUUCCUUGGCUUUGAUAAUAGCCAAGUGCAUAAGAGCAAUCUGUUUUUAUAUUGGUUGUGUACAGUUAGAUAAUAAUAUCUGUAGUGGAAGUUAUGUAUAUGUAUAUACAGUAUAUAUAUGUAUAUGUUUGUGACUGUCUUAGAUAUUGAGAAAGAAAGAAAAAAAAUGAAAGUUGUGUGUGCAAGAAAAAUUAAUAAAACAGAGUAAACAAAAUAGGAGAUAGAGGGUGCUUGUGAUGCAUGUAAAUAAGCAUACAUGUACAUGUGUAAUUGUGUAUAUACAUAUUAUCAUACAGCUCAGAUUUAUGGCCAUAUAUAUAAAACAAGCAAUCAUGUUUCCUGCAUAUUAGCAGUCUAAAUGAUCUUACUAACUUUGCUAAAAAACAUUUAUCCAACCUUUUAACACUCAUAAACAAAGAUGAAGAUCACUAUUAUUUGAUGUGUGAAUAUUCAGUGCAAUCUUGUGCAAUAUUCAGAAAAUAAAAUAUGGGUGUUGUA